UUCACGCGUUACCUGAAUGGGGCCGGGGAUGACUGCCAGGGCAACGACGCCACUGUCAUGUCGAAGGCUAGCAUAGGAUCGGUGGGACGGCUGAUGCAACUGCUGAAAGUGGUGGACGCCCGGCGCCAGGAACGGGAGCGCAAGUACUCCCAGUCGGGCACUAGUUAUCUGGGCACAGCCCUACCCGAGCAGUACGAACUAAGGCAAAAAACUGCGUAUUAUAAAACGCGGUUACAGGUUAGUCAAGUAUAUAACCUACUACACCGACCACGUGGUUGGUGGGCAUUCCUAUACCACGGCCUCGUAUUCCUAUUAGUAUUCUUUUGCCUAAUACUAACGGUGUUCAGCACCGACAAAGACUUCGAGGCAAUAUCCUGGGACCUAAUGGUGAACAUCGAAACUGUCAUGGUCGUUUGGUUUGGCCUUGAAUUUUGCAUACGCAUGUGGGCCUCAUCGUGCAAAUGUCAAUACCAGAGCUGGCAGGGUAAAUUCCGGUACAUCUGGAAUCCCUUACGGAUUGGCGAUAUUGUGCUUAUCAUUGUGUCGAUAGUACUUUUGCGGGUAGGCUCGGCCGAUGGGCACCUGGUGUUCGCGGGGUUCGCACUGCGGGGGUUCCACCGGUUCUUUCAAGUCAUACAAAUGAUUAAAUCCGAGCGCCGUUUCCGACCCGCGAGUAUACUUAUGUCGGUUAUAUCGGCCCAAAGGGAACAACUCAUUAUCACCACUUAUAUCGGUUUUAUUGUCCUGUGUUUUAUGGCUUUCCUCAUAUAUUUGGUCGAAACCGAUUACAACGACUACUUCGACAAUAUUGCCGACUCCUUCUGGUGGGCCGUACGUAUCGUAACAUCCAUUUCCCCCUCUAUUGUUAAAGUAAUUACGAUCUUUACGAUAGGCUAUGGAGACCGAGUACCGGUGACCUGGGUGGGCAAGCUGAUCACGUGUAUAUUCACCAUAUUAGGUGUGUCCAUAUUUGCCUUACCGGCCGGUAUUAUCGGCACCGGACUCGCCAUUAGUGUUAGCGAAGAGCAAAGGGUUGAGAACCGGAUGAGAAAGAAAUUGCCGGCAGCUGUGCUCAUACAGACGUGUUGGAGGUACUACGCGGCCAACCCUACAUCCCUGUCCAUCGCCACGUGGACUAUACAUAAACGGCACUGCGAUAUGAUAUCCAAUGACGAGCGGAACGCCAUACGAUUCAUUAGGAUGACCAAGUUCAUGUUGGCCAAACGGGACUUCGAAUCGCACCGGCAGCAAACGGACAUCCGGGACGUGUUGGCCCAGUACCAGACCGGCCACUCCAGUAUCCUAUACCGGAUUAAGGAGAUCCAGUCGGACCUGAGCCUAAUCGUGGGUAAAGUGCAUACGAACGGCGCCAAAAUGCUGGAGUCCCGCACCGGACUGGUAGACAGGAUCGGGAGGUUAGAGCGCAUGCACCGGGAGUUGGACCGCAAGCUAGACGUCAACUUCGAGCUCAUACUGUCGACGCUCUAUGGGAUACAGUCGGGAACGGUGUCCCAGCGCCAGUCCAUGGCCAGCGAGUUUAGCAAUGGGCCC